AAUCUCACUCUUGUAUAGUUACGAAUAAGCCUCAGUCUUCUCCACUGACUUGGGUCACCUCAGCCAUCUCGGAUCAAAAAAAUUUCACCUUGUCUUAAACCGACUGAGGGCAGACUUACGGGGCAAUCCAGGCCCCACUCGGGAAGCAUGGUUGGAGUCGCCGGAAAGUCCAAGGGUUGCAACACCUGUCGAGCACGGAAAAUUGCGCAAAGGCCGGCAUGUGCUCGAUGCACUCGAUCGAAUCGAGUGUGUGGCGGGUAUGAGCGGAACAGGGUUUUUGUCAUGAUACAGCCAGGGGCGAAGAAGAAACACGUCUAUCUCAAAUCUUCUCCCUCGCCGUCAGAGUCACCAACUGAGAUUCCUCCGAGCUCCGUCGAGACACUGACACCGGCACCUGCUGGGGACGAUCAAGCACUCUACUCAUUUACGGAGAGAGCACCAGCUUACAAGCUGCUCCAGAGGCAGAAUGAGAGCCAUAACCUGGUCUUGUCUUUUCUCGCCAAUUGUUUUCCAGCGGAGUGGUCUACAUCCCCUUCCAGAUCGUGGAUCACACUUCUGGCAGGCCUACCCACAGAAAUUAAAGCCCUGGAAGUAAGUAGUGCCGCCCUCGCAGCCGCAGCGGUGGGACACAAAUUCAACAACCCGGCAUUGGUCCACUACAGCCACAGCCUCUACACUCGAGGACUCCAGCAACUGCAGCAUGCGCUAUGGAAUCGCAGGCUUGCCCAGGACGAUGCAACUUUGGCUGCUUGCAUGGCUCUCAGUCUGUAUGAGGCAAUGGAAUGCCCGAAUGCCGGGUCAGAGGGGUAUUUCGGGCACUGCCAGGGCCUUCUUGCCUUGGUGGAAGCGCGUGGGAUUGAAGCCCACUGCUCCGGGCCCGGUCACCAAUUGUUCCUCGGUGUCCGAAUUCCAGGGAUAAUAUACGCUCUGGAGAACCACUCUUCAAGUUUUCUCUUCGACUCUCCGUGGAUGAAUCAACCCUGGGGUCAAACCCCGAAAACCUCCUUCACGCAGGUCGUCGAUUGUCUCGCGCAGGCGCCGGGGAUUCUCCAACGGGUCUUUCUCUUACCCAGUCUCAGCCCCAACCAACAAGCAGAGGCUUGUUUCCAGCUGAUCGCGGAAUGCUGGCAAAUCGACGAGCAGCUGGACACGAUCUACGCGGCGAUGCAGGAUGGCAGGUCGGACCUGCUCUACUGGCCAGUUGCCUCAAGCUAUCCCGCUCGGUCGACAGCUGGGCAUUGUGAGAACCUCUUCCCCUUUGUCUUUCAUUUUGCAGACUUCGAAACCGCAGCGACGCUCAUCCUGCUGUGGGCGGUGCGGGUCUUGCUGUGGUCGGGUUUGUGUAAUCUGUACAAUGGCAUGUUUCCGGAUUGCUGGAUGCUACCAGCUAAUAAGCCAGUGGGACCGCUUAGAGCCCUCGGUCAUCGGAGGGAGUAUAUCUCCAUGGCUAAGAAUGUCUGUCAAUCGGUCGAGUACCUGAUGCAGGAUGGAUUUCUGCUGGCGGGACCGCUAUCGGUUACCCCGGCGCUGGGGAUCGUGAUCGACAGUCUGCGGUAUCAGCCUGGACAUGCCGCGGUGGUUGCAUGGCUGCGGGCGGCUUUGGACCUUGUUCGGCAGAAGGGGUUGGGAGUGUUGGAGCAUAGUCGUUAG